UGCUGAUGCCCGCGCCCCUCGUGUAAUAUGUUAAUUAGAAGGGCGUGUCUUACAGACAUUGGCCAAUGCUACUGUUGCUGGAGGGCGCAGCGAACAUGUCUUCCUCUCCUCCCGUUUCCUUCGGAUGGUGUUCUCAGACUGGGAUGAAACCGGAGUCUCUACGCCGAGUUGAGACCAUUUACCAGCCCGUUUCAUCACCAGCGGAUAGUAGAAGGGCAGCUGUGAGUUCAUGAAAUCUGUACCGGUCAAUGCGCUUUAUCCAACCACUAGAAGCGCGACUAUGGCCUGUUAUUUGUGUGACAUUAGAUAAAGGGAGUAGCUACACCUUGCGUCCGAGAGCAUGGAGGUGACGUAUGCUGCAGUUUGAUGCGUAGAAACACUGCUCACGGACAAAGAUGGAUUUACCUCGUCGUUUUCCGGACCCGCUUCUCAAUCCGAUGUUGUUCAAUGACUCCGCGGCACCCAUCGGUAUGAAUGAAGCGCGUGCGGCUGGGAGCGGGUCCGGCGCCAUGGCAACCAGCGCGUUGAGAAACGAUUUGGGCUCCAACAUUCAUGUGUUGAAAACACUAAAUCUCCGCUUCCGCUGCUUCCUUUCCAAAGUCCACGAGUUAGAGCGCAGAAAUAAGUUACUGGAGUUCCAGCUGCAGCACGCCCAGGAGCAGUCCCGGUACCGACUGCUGUUUUCCCGGGACCAAGCGGUCCAGACGAGCCUCGAGCCGCCUCACUCAGACGCACGGUGUCCGUCGAGACUCCCCGGUAGAAUCUGGAGCUUCUCACACAGCGCCCGAUACGGAGGACGCUUUGAGACGCAUCAGGGGCCUGGAGUGUCCUGGACUCACCCUGACGGUGUCGGGGUUCAGAUCGACACCAUCACACCUGAACUCAGGGCCUUGUACAAUGUUUUGGCCAAAGUCAAGCGCGAGAGGGACGAGUACAGGAGAAAAUGGGAGGAGGAGGUGUCUAAACGUCAGCAGAUGGAGUCUUUGGUGGAGACAUUACAGGAGACUGUUCAGUCAUCCGAGGCUGUGCAGGGAGAACUGAAUGAGAAGAUGGACCGUCUUAAAACAGAGCUAGUGGUCUUCAAAAGCCUCAUGCCUCAUGAUGAAGUGUCUGACUUGGACACUAAAAUCCAGGAGAAAGCCAUGAAGGUUGAUAUGGACAUCUGCAGGCGCAUCGACAUCACAGCCAAGCUUUGUGACGUGGCACAGCAGAGGAACUCAGAAGACAUGAGCAAGAUACUGCACGGUAGCCCAUCCAGAGGUCCUCCCGAACAGAAAGGGGGGAUGGCAGUAUGCAGGAGGAAGGAGUAUAAGGGUGAAUCAGAGGAGCAGAGUGUGGAGACUGAUGGUGAAUCUGCUCAAAAGGAGGAGGAUGUGCCUGGUUCUCUCAACAUCACUGAUGAGAUGAAGAGGAUGCUCAACCAGCUAGGUUGCUCAGCUAAUUGGUUUGUUGGCAGGCGGGAAACGUUCGAGUUUGACGAUGACUGUGACAGUCUGGCGUGGGAGGAGACGGAGGAGACGCUUCUGCUUUGGGAGGAUUUCAGUAACUAUAACAGUCUGAACGCUGCUGGCACAGUCACCGCAGCAUCCUGCACAUCUGACUCUCAUGGAGAGACACAUGAGCAGGAUCGAAGUCUAGGAAGCCUCAUAAAUGAAACCGAGUCCCUCUUUAAGACCAGAGACCAGAAGUACCAGGAGACCAUCGGUCAGAUUGAGCUGGAAUUGGCCACAGCCAAGAAUGACAUGAACAGACACCUGCAUGAGUACAUGGAGAUGUGCAGUAUGAAGAGAGGGCUGGACGUACAGAUGGAGACCUGCCGGAGGCUCAUCCAAGGCACAACCACCACCGGCAGGCAAUCGCCCUCCCUCAGCUCUGUGGCCAGCAGUGAUUCAGGAAACACAGAUGACAUCCAGGACGAGCUGGAGACUGAUGGAGAGAAAGAAGGGGCGGUAGAGAUGAAUGGGGAAGCCAGAUGAUGAUCAGCCCUUCAUCUUUCGGGUUUCUUUGCUUCUCUGUGACUCUUUUAGAUGUCUGGUGACUUUUUCUUACACAGUACAGAUGAGUGUGUAAUUUGAGAUUCCCAAAGAGCAAGUAUUGGUGCUUUAUAUGCUGUCUUAGAGCAGGACUUGCUGAAAUAAAGCAGUUCCCUCUUCAUCAGCAUUGCCAAGGCAUGGCUUUAACUGAGAUGACACGCUUUAUAAUAUGAUGAUUAUAUAUAAUAAUGCAUAUUAAAAUAUAUAAAUAAUAUAAUAUUUUAUUACACCAUUUCUGCUAUCUAUAUCGCUCAUUUGUUUACAUAAAUCUGAAAGACAAGUUGCACACAGAUUAAAACCCCGUUAUAUUACUCUACAUCAAGCUCUGGAAUAAGUUCAGGCUUUUAUCGUCACAAUAGUCAAUAGAUCAGCCACGCAGUAUGCUUCACAAAAAUAUCUCUGCGCCGAGUCAGUUCAGAUGUUUUCACCACAUGCAGUUGUUGCUGAACUAAACACUGUGCACUAAAAUCUAUGCAAUAAUCUGGACUAGACUGGCAUUGUAUUCUGUGAUUCUCUUUGCUGGAGACAGAUUCAGUAUGUGUGAGGUGAUUCUCCUUAAGUGCAGUUUUUCCCUUGUUUUUUUGUAUAGGCUCUUUCAGUGUUGGAGAGUAGCAGUAAAACCCAAACUCUUGUGCCUACAAAUAUGCUGUAUACAGUGUCUUAGUUGCCUUAUAUUAUUCUCUGAAUAUUUUGAGGACAUGCUUUUGCUAUGUUAUAGAUUAUUAAAUCCUCAAUCAUAUCCUAUCCCUGAUGACGUCGAAUUUAUGUCCAUAAGAUGUUAAAUUGUGUAAGGUUUUGGAUGAUCUCAAUAUUUGGAAGCCAUACAGAACAUAUAUCUGUCCUCAGGUGUUGGGAGGUUUGGUCAAGCUGCAAAAUAGCUACUGAACAUUUGCUGUUACUUUUAGUACUAAUACGUGGGUCAUACUCAGGAAAAUAUGCUAUUUGUGCUGAAAAUUCUGACUUGUUUUUGUUUCUAAAAUAAUAAUAUAUAGGUUUACAAGUUACAAAACCAAUUAUCAAAGUACUUCUACUAAACUUAAAGCUCUACAUUAUUUCUACCACAUCACAAUAAAUAAAGAAUAAAAUUGAUAUACUUAUAAUAGAGAACUGAGUAGAUUCUGUAGAUUUAGUUUCACUCGGUUUCAUUGUGCCUUGAAAUAUAUUUAUGAAAUUAAAAAUAACUAAUAAUAUUAAUAAUAACAUUUUGUCAGAAA